UCGCCCCUGCUCCUCCGCCUCCCGCCCGCGCUGCCGGGAGCGCUGCGAGCGGGCGGAGGAGGAGGAGGAGGAGGAGGAAGGGCCGUGAGGGAGGGAGGGACCCGCACGGAGCUCAGGGCGGCCCCUCGGCUACCCCCAGCGGCCGGGGGGAAGAUGGCGACGCUGGGAGGCGAGCCGCAGCCCUUCCCCGCCGCCGCCUUGGCGGUUGGGGGCGGCAUCGGUGGCGGUUGUGGCGGUUGUGGAGGUGGUGGCGGCGGUGGCGGGGCCGGGGGGGUGUCGCUGGCCCUGCAGGCGCCGCUGAGCCGCGGCCUGGAGCGGGCGCUGGAGGAGGCUGCGCACCGCGGGGGGCUGAGCCUGAGCGGCAGGAAGCUGAAGGAGUUCCCCCGCAGCGCCGCCGCGCUCAGCCACGACCUCAGCGACACGGUGCGGGCAGAUCUAUCCAAGAACAGAUUAACGGAGGUUCCUACGGAGUUGUGCCAUUUUGUGUCACUGGAAACACUAAAUCUAUACCACAAUUGUAUUAAAGUUAUACCAGAUGCAAUAGUGAAUUUACAAAUGCUAACUUACUUAAAUUUGAGUCGAAAUCAGCUUUCUUCUUUGCCAGCUUGCCUGUGUGGUCUUCCUCUAAAAGUCUUAAUUGCAAGUAACAAUAAGCUAGGUUCCCUUCCAGAAGAGAUAGGUCAGCUAAAACAGUUAAUGGAACUGGAUGUCAGCUGUAAUGAAAUCACAGCUUUGCCACAGCAGAUAGGCCAGCUGAAAUCUUUAAAAGAACUGAAUGUCAGAAGAAAUUACCUCGAAGUUUUACCACCAGAACUAGUGCAGCUUCCCUUGGUAAAGUUCGACUUUUCUUGCAAUAAAGUGCUUGUGAUUCCCAUCUGUUUUAGAAAGAUGGUGCAGUUACAAGUAUUACUGCUUGACAACAAUCCUUUGCAGUCUCCACCAGCACAGAUUUGUACAAAGGGUAAGGUGCAUAUAUUCAAAUAUCUGACUGUACAGGCCUGCCAGAUUAAAACAGCAGACUCUCUGUAUCUUAAUGCCAUGGAACAGCCACAUUUGCCACAACCUGUGGAAGAGAGCAUUGAUGACAUCUACCCAAAUAAAAAGGACUCAGAUUCAGGUGUUGGGAGUGAUAAUGGCGAUAAACGUUUGUCAGCAACAGAGCCAUCUGAUGAAGAUACUAUCAGCUUUAAUGUUCCAAUGUCCGACAUUGUAGAAGAAGAUCAGGUUAUAAAGGAAGAUUCGGGUCACCACGCUAACUCAAGAAAAGUGGAAUUCCAUCAGGGAUCUUCUCACUUGAUUGUCAACGAUAAGUCAAGAGAAACAGGAAACCAGUUUGAUGAAUCGGAUGCUCUUACUACUGAAUUUAUGAGUUACAUUAAGAGCAGAGCAGCGGAGUGCGAUGAAUUAUUGAGAAUAGAAGAGGAUGCACAAUGGCAAACAGAGGAAAUAAUAAAUUUAUCAGAAGAACAAACUAUUGAUAUAGCAAUGAUAGAACAACUAAGAGAAGCAGUAGAUUUAUUACAAGAUCCCAACAGAUUAAGCAUGGAUAUUUCAGAGAGCAGUGAUGUGAAUCUGUAUCCCAUGGAACCAGCAACAGCUUUAGAAUUUCAGGAGUCCACAGUAAACGGUCAAAUGCAGAUGGAGAUGUCUUCCCUUGGUCAGAAAGAAAAUGCUGAAGAAGAAUUAGAAUUUCAGAGGAGGAGGGAAUUAAUAAUGGAGAAAGCCAAGAGUGAAGUGAGAACAUGUGAACAGGGUGAAAAAUGGCCAUUGAGUCAGAAUGAUCUAAUUGUUUGGAAUACAAGUGGCCAAACCUCUCACAAUGAGAACAAGGAUAAAAGUCCAACAAUGUCUCCCACUGCAAACAACGCAAUCCCUUUUGGCCUGAAGCCACGAUCAGACCCAUCCCUCAGUCUUCCUCCUAUCUCCUUCAACACACUGACACAGGCACAAACAUGGGACAACUUUAGCUACAGUAUACCAUCUGAAGGAGACAGUGACAAUGUGUUCUUAAGACCUCAAAGAAAUUUGGAAUCAAUAGACCCGCAAUUUACAAUUCGAAGGAAAAUGGAGCAGAUGAGAGAAGAGAGAGAGCUUGUGGAACAGCUGCGUGAGAACAUUGAAACAAGACUAAAGAUUUGUUUGCCUGAAGACUUGGGGUCUGCUCUGAUGGAUGGUGUAGUUCUCUGCCAUUUAGUAAAUCACGUUCGACCUCGUUCGGUAGCAAGUAUUCAUGUACCUUCACCAGCAGUACCUAAACUUAGCAUGGCCAAAUGCAGGAGAAAUGUUGAAAACUUUCUGGAUGCAUGUAGAAAACUGGGGAUACCAGAGGCUGACCUCUGCUCUCCGUAUGACAUCCUGCAGUCGGAUAUUCGUCACAUUCGAAAGACUGUUGACACUCUGCUCGCCCUCGGGGAGAAAACCCCACAAUCAACUUCUACCUUUCGCUCCUGGGAUCUAAUAGGCUUUUGUCUUUUCCACAUACUUUUUGUAGUCUUGAUGUUUAUAACUUAUCACUGGAAUGUGCUAACAGCAUAACCUGUUCGCAUGUGCACACACACUUUCUGCUUUGUCUCUGACAAAUUACAGGAGAAGCUCUGCCUACCACAUCACAUCCUAGAAGAAAAGGGCUUGGUAAAAGUGAGCAUAACAGUUCAAGCCUUGCUAGAUGUAACCACAGUGAAACAAGCUUUAUUCACAUGAAACUGUCCCUGCUGUUACCAGCUCCACUGUGCCAUCAAAGAACGAAAUCACUGCCCAUCUUUUCAAACUGCAUUGACGAAACAGUGCUCCGAGAGUAUUCUUAGACUUCUGAUUUUGAAAUAAUCCUUGAGACUGUACACGUGCGUCGAACUUCAAACCUGAAACUAAACAGAAACAUUUUAUAGAGCAAAUUGGCGCUUCACUGCUUUUAUAGUUCACUUUGUACAGUACUUAAACAGCCACCUCUCUGCCACUUAUCAAUGUGUGGAGUACACAGCUGUCUUGCAGCAAGAUACCUUCGUAUUAUUAAACUAAGAAUCAGUGUAAUCAUUUCUGGGGGGAGGGAGAGUAAAUCCGACUUCUACCAUGUUAGGUUUUUCUGCAGUUGCUUCAGGCUAUUGCCUUUUAAAAAUAUCCAGACAUAAAAUAUUUAUAUAAAUAUUAUUUAUUAGUGAGUUGUUAUUCAUCCUUUGGAUGCAAAAUGUAAAUUAGGAAACUGUAUUUUAUUACUGCUUUUUUGUGGUUAAACACUUUAUUUUAAUAUAAAUAUUUAGUUAUUUUUUAUUCAACUUGGUGUGCAGUAGCUCUAGAUCUCCAUAAAUUGUAUUUUCUAAUAUGUAAGAUAAAAGAAAAAAACAAUCAAAAUAGGUGCUUUUAUUAAAAGAACAGCUAGCUGGAAUGGCAUUCUUUAUUUUUCAAUUAGUGGAACAUUGGUAAAAAGUUUGUCUGCAUUCCGUUCCGUUUCCUACAUUCCAGUAGCACUUCUCCCCCAGUAGGCUCAAUUGGCUGAAACCGAGAGCACACCCAUUUUACUUGUAUAUAGAUGUUUAGAGAAAAAAAAAAAAAAAAGGAAAGACAUAAACUUGAAAAAGAAAUGUGAACAAAUAUUUUUGAUCGCUUAUUUUACUAUGCACAAGACAUUUUAACUUUUGCCACAGCAGGAUGAUGUGCAUUAGGAUCAUGUGUCUUGAAAUAUGAUUUUUGCACUGUAACUUCUUGUAAAGACUACAGCACUACAGAACGAGUAACGACAAAUAGCACAAGGACGUUAACAAGGUUUACCAGGUAGCCAAAAACUAAACCAACCGACCUUCAAUAAAUCUGUCGAUAGGAGAUAAAAUUGCCAAAGGCAGUCUGAAAGACCUGAUCUUCCAGAUGCAAGCUGCUGGGUACAGUGCUUCUCCGUGUGGUCAUCGGAACGGCCAAGUCCCGUAGCUUCCCAGUGAGUUAAGCACAAUGUUCUGUAGGAUCUGACCUCUAAUCCCACAUCAGCAAUAGGAAAUAAGGUUCUUUUUCUUACUUACUACUAAAAAUUUUGGAAGAGUUUUCUUAAAAGCAUAACUUAUCAUUGAAACAUCACAUGUUGUAGAUCUAAAAGUUCCAGCGCGGUGAUUGUCGCAGCAGCUGGAGCAUCCAUUUUUCUUUGGUCUGAAAAGCUAAAAGAUGCAACGUGAGCAAGCAGGACAGGGAAGCAGCACGUGAUGAAAAGGCUAGCUGGUAGGGGUCACUGUUGCAUAUAAGCAAGUAGUUUGAAAGGCAUUAAUGGCAAAAAUGAGGCAAUGUGGUGGGAGAAUUAAACAGCAAGAGGAUGUGGAGCAAACCAGUGUAUAAAGACUUUUUGGAAGAAAGAGCGAUGUGGACUUGUCACUACUGCGUGUCCAGGCAAAGUUACACGCAUGUUCACACACUGCAUUUAAAAACACCACUGUUUCCAUAGCAGAUUUGUAGUCUUUAAUACAGUAUUUGGAUGCAGACUAUGCAUUUUAACACCACAAAUUGCCAAUUUCCUCAUCUGUAGUGAGAGUAACACGUUGGGAGGAGAAAAGUGGGCUUGCAGACAGUGAGAUGUGGAAGAGCCAGUCACUUCAACCAAAGCAAAGCGUUUCUUUUUGUAGAGGGAACAUUGACUUAAAUUAUAAUUUUGAUUGGCAGCUAGCAUAUUGUUUCCUAUAAAAAUGUACUGUGCACUUUAACACUAAAUUAAAAAUGUAUUUUAAUAUUUUACAGAGCUGCACAAAUUAUCUGUUUUGUCAAAAAGCACGCGCAAUGUAAAGAAAGUAAGUUUUCAAGUUAGAGUUUAUCAAAUUUUAAAAAGCAUUCAAAGAUGGAGUAUAAAAAUAGGAUUAUUAAUUUCUGCAUCUUGAGGGAUAAAAUGCAGGUUUCCUGAGUAUUUUUUUACAAUGUAUAUAUUGCAAACAUGAAGCUUUGUAAUUAUUAUUUUGACAAAUCUUGGUUUUUCAUAAUUAAAAUUUUGUUUUUCUCCUGAUAGUGUCUUUCGGUAUUUGCUUAAAGUUGGCUGUAAAUAGCUCUGAAUAUUUUGUAAUACAGCUUUUUUUUUUUUUUUUUAAUGCAGUCUUAACCUGUACGGCUAAAGAGAGAAUCUUCAUGGCUCUUUGUACACUAUUUACAUGUGCAAUAAAACAUGCAUGGCAAACCUAUAAUACCAUAAGCAGUGAACAUAAUGUAUAUAGGAAAUCUUUACUGUAGUUACAAUUAAACUCUAUUAUUUGUAGAAACUA